CGGCCCGCCCUCGGCUUCCGGUUCCGGGAAAGGGCCUGAUUUUCUUGGAUGGUUAGGGCUCUCGGAUCUAGGAUGGCUGUCUUGUCGCUUCUGUUGCUGGGUGGCUUGUGGAGCGCCGUGGAGGCGUCCAAUAUGGCUGUCGUUACUUGCGGCUCUGUGGUGAAGUUGCUCAACACGCGCCACAAUGUGCGGCUGCACUCUCACGACGUGCGAUACGGGUCAGGUAGUGGGCAGCAGUCAGUGACAGGUGUCACCUCUGUGGAUGACAGCAACAGUUAUUGGAGGAUACGGGGGAAGACUGCCACAGUGUGUGAAAGGGGAACGCCCAUCAGAUGUGGCCAGCCCAUCCGGCUGACACAUAUCAACACUGGCCGAAACCUCCACAGCCACCAUUUCACCUCACCUCUGUCUGGAAACCAGGAGGUGAGUGCCUUUGGCGAAGAAGGUGAAGGCGACUAUCUGGAUGACUGGACGGUGCUCUGUAAUGGACCUUACUGGGUGAGAGAUGGUGAAGUGAGGUUCAAACAUUCUUCCACUGAUGUGCUCCUGUCUGUCACAGGAGAACAAUAUGGUCGACCCAUAAGUGGACAAAAGGAGGUUCAUGGCAUGGCCCAGCCAAGUCAGAACAACUACUGGAAGGCCAUGGAAGGCAUCUUCAUGAAGCCCAGUGAGUUGCUGAAGGCGGAAGUCCGUCAUGCAGAGCUAUGACUAAACCCUCUGAGUCAUUGUCACUACACAGUUGUUUGUAGACAUCUGCUGCUGCUUCCCCCUGCUACGGGUCCUCUGAGCAGAAGCUGAAUCUGAGUCUUCAACCCUUCACGUUUGGAAUUGGUCAGGUCUCAACAGAGAGGGCUUGUUAGUGAAGGCAGAGAUACUUUCCACUCAGACUGGUAAAAGAAAGUUGAGGAACUCGCCUCAUAGCUGGGAAGUUUUACUCAGCAGGAGUUUGGCACCAUGGAUUGUUAACGUGUGAUUUCCCCCUAUUUGUCUUUCUUCAAAAUGGUCAAUAAAAAAAUAAAAAGAACGUUA